AUGGAAGAAUAUAUUAACAUCACUUCUGAGCUAGAUGCACGGGAAAUAUUAAGAUAUUUGAACUAUCUUGGCAUCCAUAACAUAAGCGGUGAAGUUUUAAAAUAUUUUAUCACAGAUCUAAAAAAAUUAAUAAAAUAUGACAUAGAACAAAGGUCCCAGUACAACGGAAAAUCUGAGAAGCAUGAAGGGCCAGAACGCUUACAUAGCGCGAGUACAUUUUCUUCUAGAAGUCGUUCUAAAGUAUUUAGUAGAGAAGUUUUAUGCUGUACCAAAGAAUGUCUAAGAAAAGCUACAAGUAUCAGGAAUGUGCAUUCAGCACCAACUUUGAGAAAAACAAUGGAUGAAAGCCCUCCAAAGAGAAGAGCGUGUUCGUGUGUAAGAGUCGAGCAAAAAUCUGAGCGAGGAAAAGAAUCCACAAGAGCACCUAAUACUUUAUGUGAAAAUUUAAUAAAAGUUCCUAGAUUACGUCAGAAAAAGAAGUGUGAUCCUGUAUCUUUGUACCAUUAUUAUUCUUCUCUAUGGGAAAAAUAUAAACCAAAUGUGCCUGGAGAGAAUGAUUGGGCUGAUAUUCGUUGGAGAAUACGACAAAAAAUGGUUGGAACAGACUCACAACCUCCUAGCAAGGUUUCUUUACAUAAAAACCAAGGAAGGGGAAAAAGUUAA